GCGCCGCGGCCUUUGCGGGAAUAGCCUCGUAUACUCGCGCAAAACCGGCACGCAUUGCGUGACGGGCAAUAACUGAUCGCGCUGCUGUAGCUGCGGCAUCGUGCGACGCGUAGAAGCAGUGAUUGCUGGCCUGCAGGGCAAGCACGCCAUCGACGCGGCAUAAAUAAUGGUCCCAAGAGCAGCAUGCCUCGUCGUCGCGGCCGCGUACGCCUUCGACACGCUCCCAGGCCAAGAACUCACGACGGAGGAAGCGAUGCGAUUAGUAGGAGACAGAAAAGCCUGGCGCGCCAUCUUCUCUGACAACUAUCCGGAGCUCGUCGCCGAAGGCUUUGCGUGGCCGGAGGGGCCGACGUGGCUCGAGGACGAGAAAGCGCUCAUUUUCAGCGACACGAUCACGGGCAAACUGCACAUCUGGAAAGGCGGCGCGGUAACGUUACUCAAAGAGCACGCGGGCGGCUGCGCCGUGGACGUUGCUGGUGGAUGUGAUACUGAGCAGCUUGAGCCGGGGAGCAACGGCAUGGCUAGAGUUGGCGACAGAAUAGCCGUCUGCCAGCACGGCGCGAGAAGGCUGGCGUUCCUGGAUCUCGCUUCCAUGAAAGAGGAACUCAUUGUAGAGAGACACGGGCGCGCGCGGCUGAACGGUCCGAACGACGUCGUCGCGACACCAGACGCGCUCUACUUCACGGACCCCUACUACGCUUUAUUGGAGAAGCGCCGGCCGGCGGACGCUCAAUACGCGGACGACAAGUCGGAGUUGGGAUUUGCGGGCGUUUAUAGGUACGACCUGCGGACGAAGGACCUGGAGGUGCUCGAUAGUUCUUUGAUGAGGCCGAACGGCAUCGGUAUCGUGAACGGCUCGCACCUCGUCGUGAGCGACUGCUGCCAGGGCCACUCAACUGACUGCCCGGCGGGCGAAGCACGGUGGCUGGUCUGGCCCUUCCGCGGCGACGGCUACCUGCGACGAGGUGCACAAGUGAAGAUCGUGCACAGGGACUUUGUCAAAAAAGGCUGCUCGGAUGGUCUCGCGUUCCACGAGGCCUCGCAGACGCUGGUGGCGUCGUGCCCGGGCGGCGUUUGUCUGGUCGAUUUGGACGCGGGAGAUGUCGUGGCCAAAAUGCACCUGGGGCGGUCGGUGUCGAAUGUGGCCUUCGGCGGCGGCUUCGCGUGGAUCACGGCGGACAAGUCGCUGUGGCGUGUCGAGUUGCGCGAAGAACGGCGGGAUAGGAGGCGUAGGGAGCUCUAGUAUUCACAGU